AUGGAGCCUACCAACUUCACCUUUCUGAAUACCACGGGAGCUUCGAGUCUCUCCAAGCCCGCUACAAAGCGGAUGAGGGCGCACAUCACCAAGACCAAUUUCGCGAAACGGCGCCAGCGGAUUGCUGACGCUACUGCGACUAAACGAUCCCUCGACGUGUCGUCAGGUAGACCGGGAUGGGUGAGUGUCAGCGAAGCAUCCAGUGCCAGUGCCUUUCGCAGACUACAAGAGCUGUCCUUCUUGGAAGGCAACUAUACCCCAGAAAACCCCCGUGAUGAAGCGUGGUUAAGCCUCAUUGCCUCGGAACCGGCCCUGAUCGAAGCAUUACUGGCGGUGGCUGUGCGACAAUGGUCCCCCGGCAGCACAUGGCAAUUACAAGCUGAUAACCAUUCAUACACAGCUGUCAAGUUAGUUAAACAGCUGAUCACGUCUACGCGGCCUAAGACGGAUGGGGUCCUGGGAGCAGUUGUUAGCAUGGCAAUUGGUGCGGCUCUAACACAGGAUCAGGUUGUCUGGAAUAUUCAUAUCAAUGGACUGGUUGAUAUUGUCAAAUCCAGGCAAUUCCAGGCCUUGCCUGUUGUGCCGUCAUGGUUUAUCGAUUUUCUUGUUCAGUUGGUGCUCCUUGGUCCUUAUACAACUCACGCUAAUGAUAUGAAUGGUAGGGACUCAAUCAACAGCAUAUUCGGUUUUCCGCGCGUUUAUCAUCAAAGUAUUGUCGAAGCAUUGGGCGAUGACCAGGGUCAGAGAAUCUCAAAGCUAGCGAAUAUCUGUAAUAGGGUGAUUCAGCUCCGGGAGUUGAUGGAGUUCCGACACCAACACCAGUUCGAUGCCUAUUUUAUAGCUCGAGAGAUUGAAGAGCCUUUGGCUAGAUUACACUAUGAAUUGCGGGCUCUCCGAGUCGAAAGUGAUGCACAGGUUGAUGCUGCUGCACGCGCGAUCGAACUCGUGCUCUAUCUCCUUUGGCCUUCAUCGUCUGGAGCUCAUUUAACCCUCCUGGCUGCUGAGCUGAAAGAUGCCAUAUGCCGGUUUCCGAUUAAGUGCUGUUACUAUAUGAAUCUGACGUCUUUUCAGCUCAUGGUUGGGGCCAUUGCUGCAGAGGAGGGCUCGCUCACGAGAGCAUGGUUUGUCGACCGAUUGGCGAGGGCGGUGCGAGUGAUGCAUUUUCAUGGAUGGAAUGAGCCAUUGGGCAUUAUGCAGAGGAAAUUGACAACUGAUGUCGGUCUGAAUGGGCGGUUCAGGGCCCUGUGGAGGGAAUUACAUCACACGGCUGUUAAUGCAGAAGAUCUAUAG